AUGGUUCAAUUGCCGGCGGAUUGUAUUCAAGAAAUAUUGAAAUUCUUGGAUAAUAAUUUGUUUUCAUGUCUUUUAAUCAAUCGUAGAUGGUGUAGAAAUACCGUACCGUUGAUAUGGAAUAAUCCGUUUAGAUUUGAAGGAUUAUCCGAUAAAAAAAAUUUAAGAUUCCUUGAUAAUUAUCUUAAAAGUUUAAAUCAAGAGGAGAACGAUUGGUUGGAACAAAAAGGGAUUGUACUCGGUCAUGAGCAACCAAUAUUAUUUGAUUAUGCAUCAUUUUUGGAAGUGAUUAAAUUCGACAAGUUGGAUCUCACCAUAAAGAAUUGGGUUGAUUAUUUUUAUUUUGAUUUCAAGGUACCAAAAAUGAUUUUUUUGGAAAAAGGAGAAUAUUAUAUUAAUAUCUUGGCCGUCUUAUUUAAAUUAUUCAUGAGACAAUCAAAGAGCAUUCGAUCAUUAUUUAUUAGUGAAAUUAUGUCAUUACCUACCGUUACUAGAAUAAAAUUUCCAGAUUGUUCAACAUUUUCUUUGGCGGUACCUGGUAUUAAAGAAGUCAAAGAUGUUAAUUUUAAUUUUUCUUACAAGGUAAACCCUUAUAAGAAAAUUUUCGAAGUAAUCUCCACGACAUGCACCCAAAUUCAAAACUUAUCAUUAUCCUUCCCAUAUAAUGUUCGAUUAAAAAAUUUGCCACAUUUUAAUAAUAGUUUGAUAAACAUGAUAAAAAAUCAAACGAAAUUGGAAUCUAUUACUUUGAAAUUUAUUAUGUUUAAUCUAAUUGAACUGAAAUCUGUAUUUAGUUCGUUAAACCUACAUAUUAAUUGGAUAAGGAAGAUUGAAUUGAAUUAUUUUGAGAUUAAUCUCAUGGAUUUUUCUUUAAUAUUUUCAAAAAAAAGUAAUAAUCAACCAAUCGAAUUAAGCUUACUUGAUUGCGUAUUAUAUUUGUAUGUAGAAAACCACGAACAAAUUUAUGAAUUUGAGGAAAUAAAACUACCAGUAGAUAGUUUAAAGAUCUUAUUUGAGAAUGAUCACUCAUUAAUUUAUCAACCAAUAUUAUUACAAAUCGUGGGAGAAAAUUUGAGGAAUCUUUCAUUAAAUAAGUUGGAUGAAGAUACCAUUCGAUACAUUUUAGGCUAUUGCACGAAUAUUACAUCUUUAGAAAUUGUUGAUUUACAGCGUAUGGAUUUAUCCGAUAUUUUAAUGAUUAUCAAGGAACUUCAAAUUAGUAAAUUAAAAUUAUCAUUCAAUGAUACAGGAUUGCCUCUUCCUGAAUCAAUUGUGUCAGAUUUUUUGUUAAAUUUGUCUUUUAAUUUACCUACGACAUUAACUUCGCUAGUAUUGGGAAAUCUUCAAAAAUUUUGGUAUUUACAAAAUUUUCUUGAAAAUUUCGAAGCUCCAAAAUUACGUGAGAUAAUUCUAUUACAAGUACCAAUGAAUUUCUUAACGUUUAUCGAUUCAUUUAAGAACUUUGAUCAUUAUCUUGAAUUACUUAUAGUCAGAAACAUUCAUUUAUUUGGGAUAGAAUUUGAAGGAAUGAUUGGUAAAUAUGAACUUGAUCAAGUCAAACAACAUGUUGCUAAGAACGAAUUCACUUGUAAAUUGAAAUUUGUAAAAAAAGUAAAUGGAAAUGUUGGAUUUUAUAUAGGUGGUAAGUUAAACUUUUAUGAUACAUUUAUUACUACAUGA